AUGCCUCGAAGUAGAAGUCGCUCAACUCAUCGACGCUCAAGCGGUUCGAAUUCUGCCGAGUCGGAAGCCGAUGUUUCGAUGAGCCAUCGAACGCCGAGGAGACAGCAACCCGAACCAACGGUUGCACUUCAAAGCCCUAUGCCUGGAGUCGUCAUCCUAAAUGACGAAGACUGGGGGAAUUGGAGAAUGCAGGAAUUGGAUCGUGUGCGUUGGGAGGAAGAGCAUCCUCUACCUACUCGAAGUGAACUUCCUGAAAAAUCGGACAACUCGUUUAUUCCAGAUAGAGAUGUUUACUAUGAGAGAUCAAAAAAAGCGCGGGAAGAAUUGAAAAAGGGACUCGACGCAAUAAAUGCGGGCAGUUUCAACUCCGGCAAAGACAAGGACAUCACGAUUGAGAUCAAUGGACGACUGCUGUCGCCGCAAUCGUGUCGCGCUUUUAAGGACAUCAUUUCCAAGAAGCUCAAGGAGCGGCGAGUGCAAGGAAUCCGCAAGAAGAUUUUCGAAGAGGACGAAGAUUCGCUCGAUGACGAUUUUGAACGAGAAUGGCGAGAACGACGCGCUGCGUACAAGGCGAAAGCGAAGAAGCUUCGACGAUUCAAUGAGCAAACCGGCAGGAUCGCAUCGCCCGUUGAUGAAUUUCUGGAUUAUAUAGAAGAAACUGAUCAAGAAGAUAAGGCCGAUUCGAAACUCUAUCGAAAGUGGCUGAAAGAGCGGAUAAAAGAGUGCGAUGAAGGCAAGAUAUCCGACAUGUACCCGAAAUAUUGUCAGGAGCUUCGAAAGCAGAACAAGAAAAAGAAAAGAGCCGAGAGCAGGGAUCCGAGGACGUUCAAGCGAAUGGUGCGAAAGGUGCAGACCGCCUACAACAGUUUGAGGCGAUCAUCGAGAGAAGCGGUUGAUCGAAUUCGAUCGAGAUCUCGAGAUGCUUUCAGUGACACUUCUGAAAGGAAGAAAGAACUCGACAUACUCACGAAGCCUUUGAGAACCACUAAUCAAAAUCAAGAGUAA